UCAUUGACUACAUCUACGGUGCAGGGUAGGCCAAUUCAUGUGCUAUCUUUAAAAGGCGGGCCGCAACCUAUCUUCAGCUCACCCGCGCACGCCGCAAAAACGAAUCCGGAAUCCCUGCCGGAGCACAAAUAGAGAAAGAUGGCGGCGGCCCCGUCCCCCUCCGUCCCCGCCUGCAGCGACCUCCCGGCUGCCGUAUCCGCCUUCGCCGACGCGUUCGUGGACUUUGCCGUGUCCGGCAUCUUCUUCCCGACCUUCCCGUCCUCCUCCUCGCCCCCUCCUCGCCCGAAGACUCCGACCACCUUCCUCCCUUCCUUAUCCCGGCUCGUCGCCAUCGGAGAUCUCCACGGGGACCUGCCCAAGUCCCUCUCCGCGCUCCGCCUCGCCGGCCUCGUGCCCCCGUCUUGCACCCCCGACUCCCCCUCCGCCUCCUCCUCAUGGGCCGCGGGGCCCACCCUCGCCGUCCAGCUCGGCGACAUCCUCGACCGCGGCGGCGACGAGCUCCGCCUCCUAUACCUACUCCGCCGCCUCUCCCUCUCCGCAGAGAGCCGCGGAGGCGCGUUCCUCCCCAUCCUCGGCAACCACGAGGUCAUGAACGUCUCCGGCGACUUCCGCUUCGCCACGCCGCAGGGUUUUCAGGAGUUCUCCGCCUGGGCAGGGUGGUACCGCGCGGGGCUCGCCAUCAAGCGCCGCUGCGGCGAGCACCUCGACCCGCAGCCGAGGAACCCCUUUCUCGGCGUGCCCAAGUCCUUCCCCGGCGUCAAGCCGGAGUUCUGGGACGGGAUGCGGUCCCGCCUCGCCGCCCUCCGACCCGACGGGCCCAUUGCGCGCCGGUUCCUGGCCGACCUCCCUACCGUGCUUGUAGUGGGCGACUCGGUGUUCGUCCAUGGAGGGCUCCUCGAGGCCAACGUCGAGUACGGCCUGGAGCGGAUCAAUGCGGAGGUCAGCGAGUGGAUCCGCGGCGAGGGUGGCGACAAUGCCAGGGCGCCCGAGUAUGUGCGAGGCCGGGACGCCGUGGUCUGGCUGAGGAGGUUCUCCGACGGCUUCGAUUGUGACUGCAAGAGGCUGGAGGGGGUGCUUGGGAUGAUCCCUGGGGCCAAGAGAAUGGUGAUGGGGCACACAAUUCAGACAGUGGGGAUCAAUGCAGUGUGUAGCGCACAGGCGGUGAGGGUGGAUGUGGGGCUGUCAAGGGGAUGCGGGAACGGGCUGCCUGAGGUGCUUGAGAUCAAUGCUGGUGGCACUGAUGUCAGGGUGAUCACGACGCCUCCCUCAGAGGCCUGGAUGUAUAGGAAGCAAGAGGUGGAGAAGGCUGCCGCAGCGGUCGCGGAGAAGAGCGUUGAGGUGAAGGAUGGGCUUGCGUUGCUGGUAAGAGAGAGCCAUGGGUUAAAAGAGGUAGGAGUUAAGGCUUAGGCUAGGAUUGUUUGGGUAACCCACAAUUGGGAUUGCUUUGGUGAAUUUGGUAAAGAAGACUAGUUAUGAGAGAGAUUGUUUGUAGGAAUCAUUACCUGUUAGUGGGUUGGUAUCCACAAAAGAAAGGAAGAUCUACCAUUAUGUUUUAUUUUUCAAGAUACAAUAGUGCAUUGCUGAUAUAUAUACCUACAAUUAACGGUCCAAUUGUGCAGUUGUUUUUGAACUUUUGUGUAGUAUAUUUCCCCAAUGUUACUUUUCUGUUAAUGCUGAUCAUGAACGAUUUUGGUCUGAUUUGGUGUAGAGAAUCAACAGUCUCUAGAACACUUUUAUGGCUGAUUGGCUACAGUUCGGCUCUGUUUUUGUCAUAUCAUUUAGUAGCCAAGUUCCUACUGAAGAUUUUAGUACGGAUCCUUUCUAAUUAAGCUCACUGUUUGGAAAUUGUGAGUUGAAGCUAUCAUUUGAUUCUUUGGAGCCCAUGGAUUUGACAUCAAUGUUAAGUUUUCAUUUGUACAAACACCAUAAUCAAUGAUUGAUGAUUGCACAAGCAAAUAACCAGUUGGAGUGCUGAAGUGACAGACCAGCUGAAACGAGUAUAACACAACAGAAGUUUGGUAAUUAUGAGAAGCAUCAAGGAAAUAGUCUUCUCGUAGUGAUCAUGGCAACACUUACUGACAAGUUGAUGAAGUUGAGGGAAUUUAUAGCAAGAUAGAGAGUUGUUGAGGUACUUCUGAAAUGGAGGUAAUGGUCAUUAUCUCCCCAUUCUCCAUAUUUAUUGUUCAACGUCACACUACCAAUGCUGAUUGAUGUGUAGAAGUUGAGAUGUGCAAAUUUCUGCAGUCGUUUUAGUUGAAACAUACUGCAUAACCUUGUCAGACAUGAUCACAUAUGAAAUUCUGCUAAUCCAGCCUAAAAUAUGUUUCCUGAAACAUGAUUGCUGUUCCAGUGCGCCUGCAACGUGUGUGAGGGUGAUAGGCUAUGUGCAUAUCCUAACAAUCAGUGAGGAGUUUGAUUACUACCCAUAUCGAUGUGUAUGUUGUGCGGAAAAGGAAUUUGACAAGUGGAUAGUAUUGCCAUGCGGAACAGCAAGUAGACAAGGAAAGGUAUCUCGAAUGUGAUUUGCAUUUGCAUCCUAGCUGUAACCCCUUUUUUCCACAAAUUUUCUCCCCACUGGGUCGUUGAAUUGGUCUCGUGUUCCUAUCUCGUGUACUGUGUUCCUACCUCAUCUUGUCUUGUCUCCAAACUGUUUUUUGUAGAUGUUUUCCAUGUUUGGUCCAGCAAUUUUCUCACAUGCUCAAUGCACGCGGAUGGCGAUGUGAUCAGACUUCUCAAGGCAGUUUGCAGUGAUGUGGACACCUAAAUUUAUCCACCGAUUUGUUGUCUUGUGCUCUGUUGUGUCUGAUGUGAUGUGCAAUCUUUUCUUUUUGUUUUUGCGGCGGCCUAGUGGAAAUCUCUUCGACAGUUCUAUUACCUUUUGUUGUUGGUACAUAGUCCAAUUUGUGCUGGCAGGUGCUCUAAAUGCUCAUAAUAAACUGGAAAAAGAACAUGGUGGCUGCCGAAGUUUGCGUGGGCAAUCAGGGGUUUCCUUCUCUCGAGUCCUGGCAGAAGUGUUGAAGAAUUGAUUGAGUAUUCAGCACGGUGGAAUUUUCAGAGUUGCAGAACUUCGAAGCGAAAUACUGACUGAAGUGCCUGAAAAUACAAGAAUCUGAAGACGAUCAGCUCGGCACAUUGUCGUGGGGCGGCAGCCCAGAGCAUGGAGAGUUGAAGGCCAUAGGGAUAGGCUCAGGGUUAGGAUUAGUGGAUAAAGAUUAGAUUAUAUAAGAUUGAGUUAGUUACUUAGGAUUAGAUUAGAUAAGAUUGUGUUAGUUACUUACUUUGGAUUAGAUUAGAUAAGAUUGAGUUAGUAACUUGUGGGCAAGUCUUUGUAUCUAUAUAAGGAUGGGUUGUACCUCCUUAAAGAGGAAUCAAUCAAUGAAUCAAUAAAGAAGAAUUAGGUCUUGUUUCAA